GGGGUGACGGCGGGAUGGGGAAAGAGCAGGAGCUUCUGGAGGCCGCUCGCACCGGUAACCGGGUAGCGGUAGAGCGGUUGUUAGGAGGAAAGCGGCUAAGUGGGGCCGGUCCAGGAGGAGCCACAGGGGGCGGAGCUGGAGUUUCUGGAGGCGGGUCUGCCAGUCACCCGCUAAGCAGCCUGCUCAGUAUCUGGCGGGGCCCCAAUGUGAAUUGUGUUGAUAGCUCAGGAUACACCCCUUUACAUCACGCCUCUCUUAAUGGACACAAGGAUGUUGUGGAAGUCCUUUUGAGGAAUGAGGCUGUGACAAACAUUGCAGACUGUAAAGGUUGCUUUCCCCUGCAUCUAGCAGCGUGGAAGGGAGAUGCUCAAAUUGUACGACUUCUCAUUCAUCACGGACCUUCCCAUGCAAAAGUCAAUGAACAAAACAAUGAUAAUGAAACGGCUCUGCACUGUGCAGCCCAGUAUGGGCACACUGAAGUGGUUCGUGUUUUGUUGGAAGAGCUGACAGACCCUACAAUGCGCAACAACAAGAUGGAAACUCCGCUUGACUUAGCAGCUCUGUAUGGACGCUUAGAAGUAGUGAAACUUCUUCUCAAUGCACAUCCUAAUUUGUUGAGCUGCCACACGCGCAAGCACACACCUCUCCAUCUGGCUGCUCGUAAUGGGCAUCGGGCAGUUGUCCGUGUUUUGCUGGACGCUGCUAUGGAUAUCAAUUACCAGACAGAAAAAGGAAGUGCGUUACAUGAAGCUGCCUUAUUUGGAAAAACUGAUGUGGUACAUAUGCUACUAGAUGCAGGAAUUGAUGUCAGUAUCACAGAUAACAAAGGAAUGACAGCACUGGAUAUUGUACAAGAGUUGCCUUCACAAAAGAGCCAGCAGAUAGCAUCUUUUAUCCAGGGCCACAGUGCAGCCAGGCAAGCCGCAAAAGAUCCGGAACCAGAACCAGCAGCCAAACCUAGUACAUCUGUUUGUACAGAUUCACAAGCAGGUGGAAUGCAGAGAGCACUCUUGGAUUUGCGUUUGGAUUUAGACAGCAUUUCGCAAACGGAGUCUCCUUAUGAAGCACUCUAUAAUGCCUCCUCCUGCCACUCUUUGGAUAGCAUAUGCAGUGGACGGUCCUCUGAUAGGGACUCCCUAUGUCGUGAAAUUGCAAAAACACGAAGGAAGGAACGACCGCCACCACCUGCUAAACCUCCGCCAGAAGAAGAUGAAGACUUUGAGAGGAGACAAAAUGCAGGUGCUAUUCGUGAAGCUCUUGGAAAUAUGCAUGCUAGUCGGGAAGAAGAAGAAAACCCCUAUGAGCUCCUGCUUACUGCCGAGACCAAAAGACCUGAUGAUCAAGAGUUAAUGCAUUUGGAAGGGGAUAUUGCUAACUCCCAGCCUCAGGUCAGAGCACGUCACCCUGCACUCGCACACGACCCAUCUUAUCCUGCAAAUCGCCGUGGUUCCUCUGAUUUGUCCAGUGGUCAUUCUGAAGGGGAAUCACAUGCAUCUGAGAGGCCAAACAGUGGGCAGCGGAGGAGUAGUUCAGGGGGUUGGAGUUUGACGUCUGCUGACAGCUCUGACUCCCAUCUGCUUCAGCAUUUCUCUGGGCUCCUUCAUGGUUCUUCUCCAGUGUGUGAAGUCCGAGAUCCGCCUGUACCCUGUGAUCCCUCCAGCACGGACAGCUGUAGAAACGGUGCUGCCUCUCGCAUGGAGUUGCCACUUCGUCGUAGUCUGUCCAAGUCUGAUUCGGACCUGUUAACAUGUUCCCCCCCAGCAGUUGGUGAGGGAGAAGACUGGAACCGCAGCGAGUCUCUCACCAACUGUGCAGCUGGGGGCAGCAAGAAAAGACUAGAGAAGUCCCCUUCCUUCACUUCAGAGUGGGAUGAGAUCGAUAAGAUAAUGAGUUCUAUUGGUCAGGGUAUAGAAUUUUCCCAAGAGCAACAGGUCAUAGCAGGAUCCCGUGUUCCAGGUCAGAGUGUAGCUGAGUGGUUAGAAUCCCUUGGCCUCCCGCAACAUGAGAGC